AUGCUCAUCACAACUAUCUUUUUACACCCGGGAUUAAGAUCUCUACAACUCCGUCUUGGAACUAACGGCACACCUAAGCCAUAUUUUCACCCAGUAUUACAGUUCCAGUCACCCAUCAGCUUAUAUAGUAUGAGACUUGUUCAAAUCGAUAAUGAAUCUGUUCUUGAAUCUUUAUCCACGGCUAUUUUACAUACAAGAUCCCUUCGUGAGUUAACCAUAUGGGCAGAUGCAGAUAGCAAUUUGGCUCUUGAUAUCUUAUUUAGAGGCUGGGAAGAUCACGCCACGCUUGAGCUGAACAUCCUUGAGCUUAGAGGCUUUACCAGUUUAGGGCAGUUUCCUAAUUUUCUUUGGGAGAAGAUACCCCCGACAAAACUACGCGAGUUGAUUCUCGAGGUUGGAUCUCAUUUUGACGUGACUGAAUGCCUCGGAUUCUGGAAGGCUGCCACUAAGGCUGGCCUGCGACCCACAGUUCUAUCGACAAAUCUUGGGGCAGGAGGUCUGAAAGAAUUCGUUGAUACUUUCAGUGGCUUGGAAGUAUUCAACAUCCUUCCAUCCGCCUCAUCUCGUCCCCUGGAACCCCUCGCCCCUCUCAUCAAAUGUUUACAAGGCCAACAUUCAGCAACUAUAAAGGUGUUUGCAAUCAGAUCUCAGAAUUCUAUAGAGAACUACACUCUUGGUCCGGAUCAAGUCACUCAACUAGUUAGAGGGUUUCCUGAAGUCAAGGAAUUUCAAUUUGAAGUUGCGAACGUUAGCGAAGUAAGAUAA